AUGGAAGAUACAUCAUCCGUAUCGAAAAUCGCCGAACGUGGAGAGGUACACGUGGAAAAGCUUGACAGUGCUGGAUCCCUCUCUACGCCGCUUUCUACCACGGACCAUUAUGAACCGACUUCCGAUGAAGAAAAGGCUUUAGAUAUUGAUAAAACCAACAUCGGGUAUGUCGCCACAAGCACUUUUAUCAGCGACGCACACUUGUCCAAAAACGCCGUCGGCGAUUCACUGUCCCUCUUCUCAGCAACUUACGUGCCGUUACAACCGCUUUCGGUGCUUGCUGCGCGGAGGUUCGGUCCUAAAUACUGGAUCGCUGGUCUUCUUAUCACAUGGGGAAUGUUAUGCAUGUGUCAUGCUGCAAUCCAAAAUCAGUCGACCCUGAUUGCUCUCCGACUGCUUCUUGGUGCUGCGGAAAGUGGAUUCACCCCGUCUAGCUUCUACCUUAUGUCUACUAUCUAUCCGAAGUACAUUCUUGGUCUUCGAAUGGGCAUUUUUUCCGGCAUGUACGCUGUUGCUGGGGCCUGCGCAGGGCUCAUUGCAUAUGGAUUACUUCAAGUUAGCUCAACACAUAUCAAGGGAUGGCAAGUAUUAUUUCUGCUUGAAGGUGGCAUUACCGUCAUAGUGGGCAUUGCAGUCUUGAUUCUAAUCCCAGCAAGACUUGAAACCUGCUGGUUUUUGACUUACAGAGAACGCAAACAUGCGAUUCACCGGAUGAGGAUUGACCAAGCGUCUACUCAUGACAUGAAUUCUGAAAAUGGUUUUAACCCCCGGGAUAUCACCGAUGUUCUCAAAGAUUGGAAGAAAAUUUUAAUUGUGAUUUUCAAUAUCCUUGGGGUACUUCCUGUCAAUGCCUUCACUACCUUCCUGCCGCUGAUCGUUGAAGGCAUGGGCUAUGAUGGAAUCGAUGCAACAUUAAUGAGCGUUUCGCCAUUCGUUGCUGGCGCAGUGGUUCUUGUUUUUAUUGUAUGGUCGAGUGAUCGGUCUAGAGAUCGAUCAGGGCACAUUGUUGGAGGAAUGGUAUUGGCGCUCAUUGGAUGCAUUGUUAUGGCAACUUCAAACAACCCUCACCUGCGCUAUGGUUUCUCACAUGUGUGCAUGGCUGGAAUAUUUGUUUCUGGACCCCUUACAGCUGCAUGGCUCGCAGGAAACACACCUUUGAUGGGCCCUCGAUCUUUUAUUCUUGGCCUUAAUGGUUAUACAAACGUUGGAGGAGUGAUUGCCGGGCAGUUAUACUUGGCAAAGUACUCUCCGGAUUGUGAGUUGUUCAUGUUCAAAACAUUGACACAACGAUAUCUCCAUACUGAUUUCAUGAUGUUCUUCUCGUUAGAUAAACUUCCUCUUAUCAUCACUGUUAUUUUGAUUGCCGUUGGCAUUGCUGGACUACUUGGAAUUCGGUUUGCAUAUAUGAGGACGAACCGCUGGAGACUCCAGAAAUUGGCAAGCACGGACGAAGCAACGCUCGAGGCGGAGGCAAAUGCAGAUGGUCGUAGGGGCGACCAACGGUAUACUUUUACCUACGGAUAUUGA